GCCCUUUUACUAUAAAAGUUUUAGGGGAGUGGCCGUCGCCCACGACCCGCGCGCCGAUAUAUACCAUCAACGCCGCAUCUUAACCUCAUAUUCACAAACUACCGACGUACCGCACCGUGGUACCGUGCCUAUCGAUCACUUGGUCUACUUAAUUCUGCCUGGGAAAUAUCUGAUCAUAGAUAUCAACAUAUUCUUUCUGACUUGUACGCCUGAAUAGAUGGUAAAUACCCCAACUUUGCAUAGAUAAAGAGAGUAAACCACUAUGGUAAUCAAGAAGAUAUGUUGUUUGGGGGCAGGGUACGUCGGAGGUCCCACUUGCUCCGUAAUUGCACUCAAAUGUCCUGAGGUCACAGUCACUGUCGUUGACCUGAGUCAAGCUCGGGUAGAUGCAUGGAAUUCCUCAGACUUCAAGCUGCCUAUCUACGAGCCUAGUUUGGAAAAGGUUGUAAGAGAAUGCAGGGGAAAAAAUCUUUUCUUCUCAACGAACAUCGAUACUGCAAUCCAAGAGGCUGAUCUAAUAUUCAUUUCUGUCAACACUCCUACAAAGACAUUUGGAUUAGGGAAGGGUAGAGCAGCAGAUCUGAAGUAUAUUGAGGCAGCAGCACGUCGUAUAGCUGAAGUUGCUACCUCUAAUAAGAUAGUGGUUGAAAAGAGCACUGUCCCUGUCAAAGCUGCUCAAAGUAUUCAAAGAAUACUCAUGGCAAAUACCAAACCAGGCUGCAGAUUCGAGGUCCUUUCAAAUCCAGAGUUCCUUGCUGAAGGUUCUGCAAUUAAGGAUUUGUUGCAACCAGACCGCGUCCUUAUUGGAGGAGAUACAUCUCGCAGUGGACUCAAAGCCAUAGAUGAACUAGCAUCAAUCUAUGAACAUUGGGUAUCAAAGGAUCGAAUCAUUAAAACAAACACAUGGUCUUCAGAACUCUCAAAAUUGGCUGCCAAUGCAUUCCUAGCUCAAAGGAUUUCAAGUAUCAACUCAAUAAGUGCAGUCUGUGAAGCAACGGGGGCUGAUGUCAGUGAGGUUGCACACGCCAUUGGUAUGGACUCUAGGUUAGGACCAAAGUUUCUACAAGCAAGUUUAGGUUUUGGAGGCAGCUGCUUCCAAAAGGAUGUAUUAAAUCUUGUUUAUCUCUGUGAAGCCUGUAAUCUACCUGAAGUAGCACUGUACUGGCAACAGGUUAUUGAUAUGAAUGAUUUCCAAAGGAGACGUUUCGCCAAUAAGAUCAUCGCUUGUCUGUUCAAUACUGUGACAGACAAAAAGAUUGCUAUCCUAGGGUUUGCCUUCAAGAAAGAUACAGGAGAUACAAGAGAGUCUUCCAGCAUUUACCUCAGUAAAUUCCUGAUGGAUGAGGGUGCCAAACUCAGUAUAUACGACCCCCAGGUUGAGCAUGCUCAGAUCAUGUGUGAACUGACCAAUCCUUGUAUAUCUGCAGAUCCUGAAAGAGUUGAAAAGCUUGUCACCAUCUGUUCUGACCCCUAUGAAGCUGUGAAGGGAGCCCAUGCAUUAGUUAUUUGCACAGAAUGGGAUGAAUUCAAGGAUUAUGACUACAUACGUAUCUACAAUGACAUGCUCAAGCCAGCCUUUGCCUUUGAUGGCCGACGCAUCCUUGACACUGACCGCCUUGAGAAUCUUGGUUUCCAUGUUGAGGUCAUAGGUCGUAAGAGCUGGAAGAAUGGUAUUCUACCUGUCACCCCUUAGAUGAGGUUGGUAUUCCUUUCUCUAUCUCUGUGAAUAUGCAAAGAUACUUUGUAUUUCUUAUCAACAAUCAGAUGCCAAAUAGCACAAACUCAUUACAAUUUUAAUAUCCACUUCAUUUCUAUGGAGUACAAUUUUUAUCAUCAUUGGUUGAUUAAGAUGCAGAAUUGUUAUAUUGCAAAAUUAUUUUUAGCUGAGUGUGUAUUUUUGUAUUAGUGUACAAUGCAAUACAACUCCAUUUUAUAGUGGUUUCCACAUUUAUAUAUUCUUGUGCUAGUACUGUACAAAGCAAAGGCACCAAUAUGGCUGAUAGUGUGUAGAAUGCAGACUUGGUUUAAGAACAUAUUAUACUCUGAGGGAAGUUUGUAUCUAGGGUUUGAUGGUACGAUAUAUUCAUAAUUUUCUCAUACAUUUAUAUUUUACUUUUUAGAGGGGGUGGAAAUAGUGAUGAAUUCAAUUUUUUUUGUAAUGAUUUGAAUUGAAGUAAUGUAUGUAUUGCUGCUGAGGCAACAAGACAUUGUAUAAAAAAAUUCAAAUAAAAGAAAAAAAGCCUGCGGUUCCCAUAACACUAUCAAAUGGGAUAGUUUUCCGUUGACAUAUUGUAUUGGCUUCUUUUUUUUUUAAUAGUUGGCUGAGAUUUGAACAGACAGAAUAUACUAGUAGAUUAUCUUGUCUUUAAAUGAAAAGGUAUCUUCCACAAAAUAUACAAGGUCUUGUUUUCCCAGCUCAAUGAUACAGUAUGAUAUGCUAUAAGUGUGCUUUCUGUUAGUUUUUUUAAUGUAGAUGUUUCCUCUUUAGAAAAUCAAUGCAAAAACCAAAUAAAACAUUGUGUAUUUGUAUUUCAUGUGCCUUUAUUGUAAUUAAAUUAUGUUAAAAUUGAAUUAUGUAAUAUAUGAAAGAUAAAGAAUUACAUGUGAGAAGAGAAUACUUUAUAUUUAUGUAUAGUAUCAAUUUGAUUAAGAAUGAGAUGCUACAAUAUCAAUGUAUGUUUCCCAGACAAUGACGAGAGAGAGUAAUAUUUUUAUAUUAGCUUUUCUACUUUUUACCUUGCACAUGUACAUAUUUGAAAAGGGCUUUGCAAUCCAGACCCAUAACACAAAACUUCAUCAUUGAUCUAACAAUUGAUUUUAACUGUAGAUUGCUCUUACUCCAUACAGUCUAGAAUAACACUUUCUGUGAUCAGUAGCUAUCGUAACUAGGUCCUCUUCAUAUUUGCCACCUUGACAUAUGACAUACAUGCCCUGACGUACAUGUAGUAACAGGUACAUUUCCAGAUUGUAUUGAAUUGUUAUUGAAAGUUGAUUGUGUAUUAUUUAUGAAUCACUGCUGAGUAAUUUUAAAAGUACACGUAUAUUGUUGAUAUUCUUUUUUUCUGAAUGCAAAACAGGACUCGGACAGAAAUUUCGAAGAAAAGAGAGGUGUUUUUUUAGUAGCACUGUGUGGAUUUACCGUUCAAUGUAAUCAUUCCACAUGAUUUUCCACAUUGAUUUAGGAUGACAAAAUAAAUUUGGGACCAAAUGCUGCAUUUUCUUUCUUGAAAUGCUUAGACAACCAGGUUAAGAUCCCAUGUACAUUCACAUGAGGAUUUUAUAUUGAUUCCAAACGUUAAUAUAUCUGAAUCAUUUUAUUAGGCCUUUAGAAUGGAUAUGCAUCACCUUGAAACUCUCUCUCGUUUUCUUUUCUUGUUUCUUGAUAUUGUUACUGCUCCAAUGCAACUCGUUGCCUUUAGUACCACUUUUCUGAUUAUAUCAACCUCCUGCUUUUAUGACACGAUAUACAUACCUAAUUUAUUCUACAUGUACACCUUUUUUCUUGGCUCCUGAAAUCAAAGCUUAUAUUGCGCAGUUUGCUGAGUGCCUGCUGCACGAUUGGGAGGUCAAGGGUUCAGUCGCUGGCCGAGUAAUACCAAAUUAUUUUACUUAAAAUAGGACCUUAUUAAUUAUUUUUAGGCACUUUGAGAAUGGAGAGGGGUAAUAACAUUAUGUCAUGCCUGGCCUGCUGGCUGGGAGAACAGUUCAUAUGAGCUGAAGUUGUUGCCCUGAGUUUUUAAUAUUUGGUUAAUUGCAUUGACUAAUACUGUAUGUGUUAGUCAAUCCUUUCUAGCUAUCCUAGGUACUGUUAAUAAUUGUUCCUGUUUAACAGAGUACUUUUCAAACUCUUUGUACUAUAUGCAUUUCAUGUUAAUGUAUCCCUGCUGAAAUGGAAUAAAAUGAAGGUGAAUUUUGUUUGUAAAUCCAUGAGUUUCAUUUUCAUCACAUGCAAAGCCAGAAAUUUAAUACUAUCCUUCAUGUUUAUUACAAUAAUAAAAAUUAAUGAUGAUGAAAAUAUUGGAUUGAAAAUUAAAUUUCCAGGGUCUGCUCAGCAUUAUUAUGUAAUAACUUUAAUUUGCUAUGUGUAACACAUAUGAGAUCUCUGAAAUUACAUAACAUUACAUGCAACAUCCUAAGCACAGUUUUACUUUGAACAGUAUUUUUGUAUCUGUCUUUCAUUACUUCCUAUUCAGUUUUAUACUUCCAAUUGGCUAUGUUUAACAGGCUAUGUGCAGGUGUAUUUACUCAGAUAUCUUUGCUGAUAUGUAUACAUGUAAUUUCAAAUGGUACACAAAUAAUUGGGGGAUAAAUAGAAAUCAUGUUUAAACAAUUUAAAAGAUUUGAAUAGAACAUCACAUGAUCUAGCUCAAGCCGAUGUGUGUUUAAGAGAUAUUUUCAUUAUUCAUGGUAUUUUUAUUCAUAGCAUGAGAAACAGCAUAAUAACUAUUUAUACACUGUACCUGUAAGAUGCUUGAAUAUUGCUUUUAACGGCUGAAUCUACAAAAUAUAAAGUAGACUCAUUUAUUUAUAUAUUAUUAUUUAUUAAUCAUAUAAAGUAGUACUUCUUUUGACACAAAAUGUGAAUGCAUAGUGUACAUAUUGUAUUGCAAUUCACAAGUACAUUCAGAUGCAAAAUAUAUGGGUCCCCUCUCAAAUUAUUUUGAUGACUUCAGAAUUAUUUUUGAUAAAAAUGAGUUACAUUGUUUGCAUUUUUAUUUUUUUUUAAGAAAUGCUUUGUUGUACAUUAUGCAAUUUUUACUACCGACUGAUUAUUCUCUCAUCAAAUCUGAUUUCUGCUGACUUGUAUAGUAAUACUCAAUGUUAUAAUAAUGAAGAUUUAUAUAAAGUCAUAUUUGUACAAAUAUGAUAAAUUUCUUUGGUAUAAAAAAGAAAUUUUAAAGUGUAACAUAUCCUGCUGAAACAUGUGCAUGUUUUGAAAACAUCAUUCAUUGAAAUUUCAUUAGUCUGAGAGGCCAAUUAUGUCCUAAAUUGAAUUUGUUGGGGAAAUCAUUUUCAAUUGAAUUACAUGCACUCUGGGUAGUAUUGAUAAGAGUAAAAUAUAAAAAAUGAAUUUAUUAAUGAAAAGUUGGCAAGGUUCAUCUCACUGCUUUUUCCUGUUGAAAAAGGUGAUAUUUUCAUAUUGAGCGCAACUCGUAGAUUUUACAUGUUUAGACUCUGUGUUGUGGUUAAUUAUGUAUUUCAGUGACUAAUUUUAAGAAAGAUUAUUACAUGUCUGGAUUAAAUUUGUAGUUCUGUGAUGCUAGGAAGGAAUAGAUUGUCAGCGAUCCCCCCCCCCCCCCUCCGUUAAAAAAGGGAGAGGGGAACCAAAAGUGAUGCAACAUGUUUACUCUCUAAUGCAGUUUUCAUGGCAGCAAUUGUACAAGUAUCACUGACCCUACAAUGGCAAAUGGAGGCAACAUGUUUUUCCUGUAAAGACAAGUGUAGCAUGUAUCUUUACCAUUCUCCACCACAAUGUUGAACGAGAGUGGAGAUCGUGCACUUUAUGUGGAACUGAGAUUGAAUUCCAAUGACUUGGAGCUUCAUAAAGCUGUUCAUAAGUUAAGAGUGACUUUAAGUACGACUGGCGAUCCUUUCUUUUGGUAAAUGAUAUUCACCAUUAAAAUGUUCAUUGGUGAUUUAGCGCGUAAAAAAGGUUCACCCGUCGUUCUUAAAGACUGCUCUUAACUCACAAACAGCUUAAUAAUUGUUACAAAUGCUUAAAAAUAAAGUGAAUGUAUGAAAUGGACAGCAAUGCAAUUGAUGUCUUGUGUAAUAGGCAUGUACCUCUUAAAAGAAUGAGAACACACUACAAAUGAAUAUUUACCAAGACUCAGAAUUGGUUGAUAUUAUGUAGGUUACUUUUUUCCCUGUUGUCAUGUCACAACAAAAUUCUUGGCCAGUAAAAACCAAUUGCUUUCAGUAUUCAGGGUUGUUUUCAUUAAUUUCAGUAUUAUACUCCGGCUUUAUUUCAUACAUUCAGACUGUACUGGGAUGAAAUGAAGAGGAAGAAACUAUGGCAGCAUGUCCUUUGCAUUGAUCCCACUUUAGAUGAUAUGUAUUUGCUGAAACAGUUUUUAUGAAUCAUCUUUUAAAUCAGAUUUCAUGAAUCAUGUGCCUUGGUAAAUGAAUUGUAAAUUAAUAAAUAUGAAUUCAAUCAA